AUGGCUCAUGCUUCUCCAAUCCGUCGCUAUUUGUUCUGGAUUGGCUAUGAUGGGUCGAAGUUCCCCGAAAUGGCUCGAGGUGGUACAGGAUUCGGUGUAAUGGAUCUAUUGCAUCAGGUUGUAGGCAAUUCUCUAUUUGGAUCUAGAACGGACUGGAUCGAAAAUGCACGGUCGUCGUUGAAAUUUUCACCAAGUAGUCGAACCGACGCUUUAGUUCAUGCCAUUCGGAAUGCUAUCAUUUGUCAAGUGCCUCUUGCCUAUGCGAAUCUUGAUGAGAACAUCACAACUAAACAGGAGUACUUAAACUCUUGGAAUAGCGAAAUAGAACGAAUAUCACCGGGCUCCUUGAAAAUUCAUGACGUUCAUAGUGUGUCUGCAGGUUUUUGCAUUCGUAGAAAUGUUUCAUAUAGGAGAUAUACUUAUCGAUUGGCUGUAGCACGAGAUUGGGAUGUAUGGCAUGCAAUUCGUGAAGAUCCUAGUCUCCCAUGCUUUUCCGAACGUAAUUAUGCUUGGAGAUUGCCACCGGGAUUUGAUCCAUCGAAAUGUUUAGCGGCUGGGAAAUUGUUCGAAGGUGAGCAAGUCAUGGGCUCAUUUUUCAAGCACACAUUACGUGAUAAACGCAGCGAUGUGAAUCCUCCAAACGCGUUGAAGUACAUUUAUCAUGUAGGGUUGUAUCCAGGAGAAGCUUAUUCACUGCCGAAUGAUAUUUAUGAAUAUUAUAAUAUCACUAUUAUUUCAAGAUCGUUUGUUAGGGAGCAGAUACGUCGAAUGAUGUCAUGUCUAGUGAAUCAUUCCUACGAUAGAAUGCCCACCGAAAUGAUAAAUAUUGUAGUAAUGGGAGCUCAAGAUAACAAGAUUAACGGUAACGCCUCUGAGACUAUUAAAGAAAAUGGACACUCAACUAAGGGAAAUGAAGACAAGAAGAUCUUUGUUGGAGGAAUCGCACCAGAUGUCACGAAUGAAGAUUUGAGCAGCCACUUCUCCCAAUUUGGAGAUGUUGCCCAAGCUCAGGUUAAAUACGAUCGAUCCAACGGCCGUUCGCGUGGAUUUGCAUUUGUCGAAUUUGCGAAUGGAGAAAGCUGCAAGAUGGCUCUUGCUGCUCGGGAACAGACUAUCAAGAGCAAGUCUGUCGAGGUAAAACCAGCGAAAUCUCGCGAGAACAAGAAAGUUUUCGUUGGCGGCCUUCCAUCGGAUUUCAACGAGAAUGAGUUAAGAACUCACUUCGAACAAUUCGGAAAGGUUGAUGAUAUCGAAUGGCCAUUCGACAAACAGACGAAGGCUCGCAGAAACUUCGCUUUCAUCGUGUUCGAGGAAGAGGAGUCCGCUGACAAGGCUUCGGCGCAACAGAAACAGUCUUUCGGAGGUCGCGAAUGCGACGUGAAGAAAGCUGUUCCACAAGGAAAACGUUUCAUGGGCAUGAAUGGCCGCAUGAACGGAAACCGACUGUACGGAGCUCGAGCAAAUCAGAACCCAGGAUGGUACGCUGGAUGGGGUCAGAUUUCUGGAAUGCCCUAUGGUGGCGCUGCCUGGGGAGAUUGGUAUGGUGCUGCAAACAGCUACUACGGACAACAACCACAACAGCAAGCUCAUCAUCAGAACGGAACAACUCCAAAUGGAAAUUAUAACACUGGAUACCAGCAACGUAAUGCGCAAGGUUACGAUUUUCAACAAGCUCAUGCUGGAAGACAAAACGGAAACACCAACGGACAGAGAUUCCCACAAACUGCCCAACCUCAACAAUUCUAA